AGCAAUCUAGGGUUUCUUUAGCUGGCUGAGAAUAGAGCACCUCCUUGCAAGUUUUGGGAUUGUGAGAGAACCGCAGCUAUGGUGGAGAGAGCAGGCAAAGGAAGAAAGGAGGAGGUUGUCACCAGAGAGUACACCAUUAACCUCCAUAAACGCUUGCAUGGAUGUACUUUCAAGAAGAAGGCUCCUAAGGCUAUAAAGGAAAUCAGAAAGUUUGCUCAGAAAGCCAUGGGAACAACUGACGUUAGAGUUGAUGUCAAGCUAAACAAGCAAGUGUGGAGCCGUGGAAUCCGGAGUGUGCCAAGGAGAGUUCGUGUUCGCAUUGCAAGGAAGAGAAACGAUGAAGAGGAUGCAAAGGAGGAGUUUUACUCACUUGUCACUGUGGCUGAGAUUCCUCCAGAGGGAUUAAAGGGUUUGGGCACCAAGGUCAUCGACGAAGAGGACUAAAGUAGCUUGUUUCCUUGGUUCUUAGUUAAGGAACUUCAUUUUUGUUUGUCUUUAAUUAAUCCUGUGAUUUCGGUUUUGUUUUGGAUUGUCUUUGAAAAUCUUUGGAAGAUAAAUUUUCCUUGAGACUUGUGAUUUUAUGUCUUAUACGUUUAAUGAUUUAUUCAAUGGGCUCUUGAAUAGUAA